AUGACAACCGGUGUGUCCUUUCGCGCUCUUCUAUGCGCGAUCUUGCUCAUUGCAAUUGUUCGAGCAUUCGCGCCACAAUACGAUGAUGGAGCGCAGCAACCCCUGCGACCUUUCGAGUCCACAAUCGACGAUGUGGACUUCAUCUCCCAUCAUUGGGGGCAAUUAUCAACUUACAGGUACAACACUCCAGAACUUUUCAAGGUAAAGAACGUUGGCUUGCCCAAUGGCUGCCAAAUUGAGCAGGUCCAUCUACUGCAGCGACACGCGGAGCGUUUUCCCCAUCCUGGAGACGCGCAGGAUGGACUCAACAUUGAAAGGUUCACAUCCAAAGUCAUGAAAGCUUUCGAAGAAGGAAAACACUUCAAAGGUCCUCUGGCUUUCUUGAACUCAUGGCGAAACACUCUUGGUGGCGAGUACCUGACUGGAAUUGGUGCUAUGGCUGAGAUCGCAUCCGGCGUUCAGUUCUGGAACGUGUACGGUAGAAUGCUGUAUAAUGCUUCGGAAGGGCAGCUCGGAUACCAGCCCGAGGAUGUGGAUAAGAGGCCACUAUUGCGAACUCCCUCGCAAAGUAGGAUGCACAACAGCAUGACGAAUUGGGCUCUGGGAUUCUUUGGACCUAGCUACCGGGAAUCAGCUCAGUUUUCUGCCAACUGGACGGAAGCUUUUCGCACACUUAUCAUACCUGAGGUAGAACCUGGACCAUGGAACAACACGCUAGCUGCACAACAUUGUUGCAACAACUCUGAAGCGCAUGGUAUUGGUACCAUCGGAGAUGACCAAAUGUGGAAUUACGCAGGCCUUUACCUGCCUCACGCCACAAAGCGUCUGUCAAAGUACACACCGAAGCACUUCGAUCUGCAAAUCAAAGACACAUAUGCUAUGCAGCUUCUCUGCGCGUACGAAACGCAAUUCCUUGGAGUUUCGGAAUUCUGCGACCUCUUCACCCGGGACGAGUGGCGGGGUUUCGAACAGAGCUUGGACAUCCGCUUCUUCUACAAGCACUCCUUUGGGAAUCCGACAGCGCGAUCUCAAGGCAUCGGCUACGUGGAAGAGUUGGUCGCACGGCUGCAGGGGAAGCUCAUCAAAAAAAGCGAUACCAGCGUCAAUAGCAGUCUUACAGAUAACGAAGACACGUUCCCGUUAGGCAUGAAGUUCUAUGCGGAUUUCACACACGACAAGAUGAUACUGGCUGCCAUCACCGCACUCAGUGUGGACUACUUCAGGGAGGUACCCGACUUGAAGAAGUAUCCGCCAAAGGAAGGCCGCCUCUUCCACGUCGCGCAUAUGGUCCCUUUCACUGCGCGACUGGUCACAGAAGUCAUCGGGUGUGACUCGGCCCACCCAAAGCCCGAAAAGAAGGAGCGUGUCCGCUAUUACGCAUCGCAGUAUGGUUAUGAGAGCGGCGAUGAGUCAAAGAGCUCGAAGCACAAGUUCGUGCGGAUGAGGCUCAAUGGCGGCAUACUGCCACUGUCUUCGAUCAGAGGCGGGGCCUGCAAGGGACGCUCAGAUGAAAUGUGUCCGCUCGAACAGUUCGUCGAGUCCCAAGCGAAGGCAAAAGAACGAGCAAACUAUGCGAAGGCUUGCUUUGGCGAUUACAAGGUGUUGAACGAUGGGCGGGAUGUAGAUGGCACAGUACCGAGAUGA